CAGCGCGAGAGAGGGAAAAAAAUCACCAGCGACCUGUUUCAAGUCCCCCCAAUAGAAACUGUGCCUGAUUUGUGGCCAAUGUUGGAGAUGUAAAAAAAAAAAAAAAAGAGGGAGAGAGGAGGAGGGGGGAGGGAAAACACUAAAGGGGGUAGCUAUGGAGAUAGAACGUUUUCCUGGCUGCUUUCUUUGACAGGUGUUGAGUGGGGUAAAAGUCUUAAAACAGAAUCCAGCAUGUACGCCAAAGGUAAAGGAGCUGUCGUCCCUUCUGAUAGUCAAGCGAGAGAAAAGUUAGCUUUAUAUGUGUAUGAGUACUUGCUGCAUGUUGGCGCACAGAAAUCGGCACAGACCUUCCUGUCAGAGAUCCGAUGGGAGAAGAAUAUCACAUUAGGAGAGCCUCCUGGAUUCCUGCACUCAUGGUGGUGUGUAUUCUGGGAUCUGUACUGUGCAGCUCCAGAUCGACGGGAGACAUGUGAACAUUCCAGCGAGGCCAAGGCUUUCCACGAUUAUAGUGCAGCAGCAGCUCCCAGUCCUGUGAUGGGCAACAUGCCGCCCAACGAUGGCAUGCCAGGUGGACCCAUGCCUCCCGGCUUCUUUCAAGGCCCACCUGGGUCACAACCAUCACCACACUCACAGCCCCCUCCACACAACCCCAACAACCCCAUGAUGGGGCCACACGGCCAGCCUUUCAUGUCUCCACGGUACCCAGGUGGACCUCGCCCAUCACUCCGCAUGCCAAAUCAGCCUCCCGUUGGAGUCCCAGGGUCACAGCCACUCCUGCCAAACAGUUUGGACCCCACCAGACCGCAAGGACAUCCAAACAUGGGCGGCCCGAUGAGAAUGAACCCACCCAGAGGAAUGGGAGGCAUGGGUCCACAGAACUACGGCGGUGGAAUGAGGCCUCCUCCAAACUCUCUCGGCGGUCCUGGAAUGCCUGGCAUGAACAUGGGUCCAGGAGGUCGAGGGCCUUGGCCUAACCCUAACGCAAACUCAAUAGCAUACUCGUCUUCAUCACCAGGAAACUAUGUGGGGCCCCCAGGAGGUGGCGGCCCUCCAGGAACUCCCAUCAUGCCAAGCCCAGGAGACUCAACGAAUUCCAGUGAAAACAUUUACACAAUGAUGAAUCCAAUCGGCCCUGGUGGCAACAGACCGAAUUUCCCAAUGGGGCCGGGGCCUGACGGUCCGAUGGGUGGAAUGGGAUCGAUGGAGCCGCACCAUAUGAACGGGUCUUUAGGCUCGGGUGAUAUGGAUGGGUUGCCAAAGAACUCUCCGAACAACAUGGCAGGUAUGAACAAUCCCCCAGGAACUCCGCGGGACGACGGGGAGAUGGCAGGCAACUUCUUAAACCCAUUCCAAAGUGAAAGUUAUUCACCCAACAUGACGAUGAGUGUGUGAUUCUUCUUUUUUUAUUUUGUUUUUAUUUUAUUUUUUUAACCCGCCCCCCAUCCCACUUCCUGUUCUCCUCGUCUCUGCUGCGUUCGGCAUGUUGUUGUUUUUUUUCGCUCGAUCUUCAACUCCCCACAACUCCCUCAAACACUCUGGGCUGGCGCGGUGGCGCCCUUCAGCCGCUUGACAUGGCCACGGAGCGAAGGACGCCCAGUACAAAGCCGAAAGAAAACAGGCGUCGGUUCUUCUGACGGACUCAACCUGCCUGCCGGGCUUCGUCACUGGAUCGGGACGCUAAGGGCCCCCGAAAUGAACCACCGUGUGUGUGUGUUUGUACAUGUGUGCGUGUGUGUGUGUGGGACUGUGCCAGGAAGACACUUCAUAACUAGCUGCUCAUCAGCGUUGAGGCUGGUGGCUUUAUUUCAGCCCCAUUUUCUCAAAUCUUUUUUUUUCCGUCUUUUGUCGGCAAUGAAACACUGAAACCUGUGGUUGUUUUGAUUGCUGUGUACAUUUUAAAAUGGAAAAAGCUAAACUGGUGACGCUAGGGGCAGGAAUGGUCUCAUUACAAUAUAUUUGUAUAUUAUUGAUAAUAUUAUUGUUAUAAUUUUCAUAAUUGCUAUGAUGAUGAUGAUGUACUCAUAAUUUUAUGGAUUUUCCUGUAAAGGGCACAUUUGUAUCUCAACAACAUCAAUGACAGAAUAAGCACACAUUCAAAUGCACAAUGACACUUCUGUUUACAUGAUUUUAGGUAUUUGUUUGUCUCUUCGUUUGAGUUUGUUUCGUCAGAUGUCUGCAUAUACCUCUUCCUGUGUUCUGAUGUCAUCACUACCGAGAUGUACAACCUCAGUUUUUGUGUCUCUGUCAGCAAAGUGGCUACAAUCACUGGUUUAAUGCACCCGUCGGCACUGUAUUUAAAGAUUGGAGUACAUUUCGAAGUCUAAAAGGGUGACGUUGCAUAUUCACUGCCAUCCAUUCUUGCCUUGGUCACGAACGGUCAAUAACAAUACAUUUUACCAUCCGUUCUAGAUGAUUUGCCGCCGAUAGUUACGAUAUCAUUCGUGUUCAUUGUAAUUUUGCCACUACGUGUUUGCCACGUUGUUUCAGAAGUCUUUUUAGAAAUAUUAUACCCACGUGUUUGUAACAGUAGUUGGAGGCAGGCUGCUCUUACAAGCACGAGUUUCCUUGUGCUCUAUAGUCCCAUGUCUGUAAAUAUAUCUUUUUUUUUUUCUUUUUUGUUUGUUUUUUUGUUGUUUUUGGUCAUGGACCUUAUUGGUAUUUUCAAUACACUACUUGUCUGUGAAGCUCAUGUGUGGUUCCAUGUCUUUCUUCAAAUGAGGUUGCACUCACAGAGUUCGCUGUUAACAUUUGUGGUGCAAUAUGAGGAUUUUAAUCACGGAAAGCGAAGGAAAAUCGCAUGAAAAAAUGUCUGAGUCACAUUUUACCUCUAAAUUGUUUAAAUUUAUUAAACUGGCUCUUUUAAGGCAUUUUUUUUAAUAUUCUGACUAGUGCUGUCAAAUCGAUCCCAAAUAAUCACAUCCAAAAUAAAAGUUUUUUACAUGAUAUAUGUGUAAAAUGUGUGUACUGUGUGUUUUUGUGUAUUAUCACAUUUAUGUGAUUUUAUAUAAAUAUAAAUAUUACAUGUAUUUCUUAAUGUAUUUAUAUAUACAUGCAUGUAAAUAUACACAGUACACACACAUAUUAUGUAAACAAACUUUUAGUUUGGAUGCGAUUAAUCGAUUUGACAGCACUAGUUAGAUAAUUUGUAUUACUUUUUAAAUAUUUGUUAAAAAUAAGUGUGUGUGUGUGUGUGUAUAUAUAUAUAUAUAUAUAUAUAUAUAUAUAUAUAUACACACAUUAUUUCUUAAUAUUAACAAUUAUAAUAAUUUUUUUUUUUUUUUUUUGGUCUGAAUUUGAGGUGAAAUAUGAUUGACAGGUUUUGUGAGAUUCUCCUUUGUAUAUAAUAGAAUAAUUGACACACAAUCCUGUUGACAAAUUUGUAACCUCAUUAAACCAGCCAUUUCAUGCCUACAAUUAUUUAAUCGGCGCUUCAUUACAGGACAUCGAUCAUCGUGGGACAUUCAAAAUCACACAUUUCUUGAUGUUCAGGUCGACCUCUGAAAAAGUUAUUUGAAAUACUUGCCAGUCCAGUUUGAAAUGCUUUUGUCCAGUGGCUAUAUUAAGUUCAUAAUGUAUUUUGGCCAUCUGAGAGAACCAGGCUCGGCCUCCUGGUAAGUUUUGAAGGGAUUUCCAUGCUUGUCUUCAGUUUGUCUGGUACGCAGCCCUUAACCUUUCUUGACCCUCACCCCUGACCUUUGGUUUACUGUAAAUACUGUAAAAUGCAUUUUGAUAUCAUUGACAUGUUUUGAUAUGUCAGUCACAACCAAUGAGUACAGCUGAAAAUAAGUUAUAAAGAAUCUGUUUGUGUUUUUGUAUUUUAAAGAGAUGCUUUUGCUGUAAAAAAAAAAGAAAAAAAAAAGGCAGAUUGAUGGUCACCCCUAUUGUAAAUCGAGUCCGCAAUAGGUUUAUGCAUUUAUUUCUUCAAAAAUAAUUCCUCAAACACAUAGUUGGUGUAAAGAAAAUGGCUUGUUUUGUUCGAGAAUAUUGUGAUUUUUGAACAGAACAGAAAGCUAACUGUGAGUCUAUAUGAAUGUGAAAACACAAAAUCAGAGCAAUUAACCAUCAACUUUGUUAGCAUAUUUGAAAUUUCAGCCAUUUUACAACGAAUUAAAGGUCCUGAAGGCUGGAAUUGUUUAGUUGCUCACUGACCUGCUUCAAUGUCCGGUUGUUGGCCAUCUCUGCACUUCUGUUGUGAUGUAUAAUAUUGUAACAUUAGAAACGUUUGAGAGGAAAAUGUGUAUUUUGGAGCAAGAAGGGCCAUGGGAGGGAAUGACAGAAAUUUCUCCUGUAAUUUUCAUUGUCCUUUCUUGCGACAUGACAGUAUUCAAUAUGAAGCAGUCUGUCCCAUUGGGUUUGCUUUGUAUUUCAUAGUAGGGUAGCUCAGAUCUUUGUCCUAGGGCCUUAGGUGUCUUGUGUAGCUAAAUAUCUCCUUUGUAUGUUUCUUUAUAUUGUAAAGUUUCUUUAGACUGAAAAAAAAAACAAACAGAAAAUUUGCUUAUUAAAAAGAAAUGAUUGCAUCAAUAAUAAAUGUAAUUUGAUAUUUUUAUGUGUUCCAGUUUUGUUAUUUAAAUGAAAUAAUUUGAGUGAAACACCUAUAAAAACAAAAUCGAUAUAAAUUUGUACAACUUUGUAAAUAAAAUGUUUAAUUGUC